AUGCUCCCCGACGGGCAAGAUGCCCUCACCAAUCCCUGCCUCCCGCACUGGCCAUGGUCGGAGUUCCCUUUCCCCGGGUUCAUCGCGAUGAUUGCGUCUCUGGGGACUCUGGUUCUCGAUUUCCUCGGCACUCAGUUCUACAUGCGGAAGCACCGGAAGGAGCGAGGGGAGCCGAAGGCGACGGCGCCGCCGGUGGCGGAGACAGACGAGGAGAGAAGGAUGGGCAUCUCCUCUGCAACAGAGGUCGAGGUCGAGGAGGUGGCGGCGACCGCGGGCGGCAAGGAUCACGAAUCCAUGCACAUCGUCGGCAUGUACGCCCACGCCGCCGCGCAUCGUCACAGUCACCCUCACCGUCACGCCCCCUGCGAAGGCAGCGCGCCGUCUGCUCUCUCGCCGCGGGGGGACGACGGCGACAGCGGCGACGAGUCUUCCCAUGUUCGCCACGUCGUGGUCUCCCAGGUAAGCUCCGUCUGUCUUCUUGCCCUGUAAAGAUCGAUCGAUCGAUCGAUUCUCUGUGCCAAGAUGUGUGAGUUUUGGCGGUGGAUGGGAUCAGAUUCUGGAGCUGGGCAUCGUCUCGCACUCGAUGAUCAUCGGGCUCUCUCUCGGGGUGUCGCAGAGUCCCUGCACCAUCCGGCCAUUGAUCGGAGCUCUGGGCUUCCACCAGUUCUUCGAAGGUUUCGCGCUCGGCGGCUGCAUCUCCCAGGUACGCCGCCGACGAUUGUCCUGUCUCACUCCCCUUCAUCAUCCCCGGCGACGGCGGCGAUCAUCGCGUUGACUGACUCAAUCGACGACCGCCGGUGGUGGAAUUUCAGGCGCAGUUCCAGGCCAAGGCGGCGACUUUCAUGGCGUGCUUCUUCGCGAUCACUACGCCGUCGGGGAUCGCGGCGGGGGCGGCGCUGUCGUCAGUGUACAAUGCCAACAGCCCGAGAGCGCUGGUGGUGGAGGGGGUCCUCGACUCGGUCUCCGCCGGCAUCCUCAUCUACAUGGCCCUCGUUGACCUCAUCGGCGCUGACUUUCAUAGCCGCAGCAUGAGCUGCAGCACCCGCCUCCAGGUGCUGUCCUACGUGGCCCUCUUCUUCGGGGCCCUCUCCAUGGCCCUCCUAGCCCUGUGGGCCUAG